GAUGAGCUCGGCGGUGGCUUGCUGCUGCCUGCCCGCCGCCCAGGAAGGCGCUGAGCUCAAACCGGCAGUCGCGGCCCGGCGGCUCCUUCGUUCCCGCGGCCUGGCCCGGCCCGGCCCGGCCGCUCCGCCGCUCAGUUUUAAAAUGGGACGUCGCUCUUCGGACACAGAAGAAGAGAACAGAAGCAGAAGGAAAAAGAAACACCGCAGGCGUUCGUCUUCAACUAGUUCCUCAGACAGCAGAACAUACAGCCGUAAAAAAUCUGGAAGGAAAUCAAGGUCAAGGUCGCGGUCUCGAGAUCUCCAGUCUCGUUCUCAUUCUUAUGAGAAAAGACGGAGACACAGAUCGAGCAGUAGUUCUUCAUAUGGUUCUAGAAGAAAACGUAGUCGUAGCCGAUCAAGGGGCAGAGGCAAAUCCUACAGGUCUCAAAGAUCGAGAUCAAAAAGUAGAACAAGAAGAUCACGAUCAAGACCUCGUCAACGUUCUUGUAGUCGAAGUAGUGAAAGAUCCAGUCAUAGGAGAACUCAUAGCGGGUCUCGUGAAAGAGAGCGGCGUAAAGGCAGAGAGAAAGAAAAAAUAAAAGAGAAGGGCAAAGGAAAAGAAAAGGAGAUAUGUGGCACGAAGCAUGGGGACUCUGGAAACAUCAAAGCUGGAUUAGAACAUCUGACUCCUGCUGAACAGGCCAAAGCCAGAUUACAGCUGGUUCUUGAGGCAGCUGCUAAAGCAGACGAAGCACUGAAGGCUAAAGAGAGAAGUGAAGAAGAAGCAAAGAAAAGAAAGGAGGAAGACCAAGCCACCCUAGUAGAGCAAGUGAAACGAGUAAAAGAAAUUGAAGCUAUUGAAAGUGACUCCUUUGUUCCACAGACAUUCAGAUCAAGUAAAGAAGUCAAAAAGUCAGUAGAGCCCACUGAACUACAAUACGAACCCAUAACUAUCGGAGCGGGAACUGUUGAUGCAGCUGCUCCUGAAAAAGAACCACCACCUGCCAAUAUUCCUACGGCCAUCAAAUACCAAGACGAUAAUUCUUUAGCUCAUCCAAAUCUGUUUAUCGAGAAGGCGGAAGCAGAAGAGAAGUGGUUCCAGAGGCUGAUCGCUCUUCGGCAAGAAAGGCUGAUGGGCAGUCCAGUGGCCUGAGCGAACUGCUGUGACCAUCACCUACCAGUUGUCCACGAAUGCUAAGAAAUCCUACCAUUAAAUUGUUUUAUUUUUCUCUUUUGAGGGGAUUUUAAUACUCAGUAUGAGUUGUACAGAGAAUAAAUAUUUCACCUAAAUAAAACAAGAAUGUUCCAUCCUCCAUUUUGCUCCCGAACUCAUUGUUGGGUGACUCGUAUCGCUGAGCUGCCUGCCGUAGACGGGAAGGCUAUCGGAGCAGUGUAAUUUUCUUUUUUUUGUACUGAAUUCCUCUGUGGUGCAAAAAACCUGACAGCCCAAGGAGACGUAAUUUUAUACCUCCCAAUCAAAAAAUAUAUAUAACCAUGUAGCAGUUUAAAGAUAAAUGAAAAAAUAAGACUGUCAAAGAAAGUCCAGAUUUACCAGCGCUCAGGCAGUGACAGCACAAGCGAUACCACCCUGGGCCAUUACAUCUUCUGGAGCUGGAGGAGGAUUCAGGGCAAAUGAUAUCGCUGUUAUCUCGUCUUCCUUCCGCUCUGCGUUACGGGAGCAGCUUUUGAAUCCUGAACAUCUGUGGACAGUCUCCUUGCUGAGGGGCUCCUCUAAACUGAUGCGUUGAUCAGCCUGCUCCAGCCACAGCCUGGUCCCUCACUUCUGGUGGGCUUGAGUGGAAAGAAAGGUUUUACAUUUCCUUGAACAUCUACCCACUACUGUUAGCAUCCAGGAGUAGAUGUAAGGAAAAAGUUACGUUAUCCUUUUAAACAGAUUUGUAAAGUUUUCAGCAGGUUUCAUGAAAUAUUAUUUUCUGAGCAAUUUUAAGCACAUUAAAAUAUUCAGUAAUCUGGAAAAGACAGAUUUCUAUGAAUUCUUAAUGGGAAAUAAUAUAAAUAUUAUUGUGUGUAAUAGUACAGACCAUUGUCGAACAAGACUAAUGGCAUACCUGUUUCUGUACAGAGCGACUGUUUUCAGUCUACGAAGCUUCCGUUUGUCUAGGUGUGACUUCAAAGUAAUGAAAGAUUAGUCCUACUUGAACAUAGCAAAUUUAGCCCGAGUAUACUUACAAAAAGAAUCUGUCCAUCAUCCAACUAAAUGCCAGAGAUCAACCAAAUAGAAUACAAAAGUAUUUCUUCUGAGCUAUCUAGCAAAGCUGUGAGGAAGCUAUUACAUCAGUAGAUGCCUGAACUGAGCCCCCCACCUCUGGACAUACCUCAUGGGAAAUUACCUGCAUCAGCUUUCCUGUGUGAGUGAAGAAGUGCAUAAGCCUUUUUUUUGGUGUUAUUUUUCCUUGUUCUCAGAUCUGUGGUGAAAAAAAAAAAAAGGAGGAUGAUUCCAGAAAUGUACUUUGGUUGUCUUAUUUUUUUUAGAUCACUGAUUGUAUUAAAUUUGCAUUCUAACACAUUUUUCUUUAUGAAGAGUGUUAGUUUUACUCGGUCCUGCAUUAAAACGGCUAUCUGCAUUUCAAGACUACCUUGUCUGCAACAAAAAGUGGGAAAAAAAUUGUUUCCCUUGUUUCAUUUCAGCAUUUUAAAAUGGUAAAUAUUAGUCAUUGUUCUGUUUUCUAAUCUCCUUCUGUGUUUCUUUCAUAGUAAAUAAAAACUACUUGAUCUCCG